AUGGAACAGCCAAUAAUCGUUAAUUCCCUGCUCUGCUUCGUGCACAAUUUCCACGCCAAAUGUCCCAGGCUCUCGCAUUUAGUGGCCCAAACGUUUCCGGAAAAGGCAAUCGCCGAGGCUCGGGACAUUUUGGCGAGCCGAGUGAUGGCCGAACCUUUAUCUUCGCCUGAUAUUGUCUCCUGCUAUGAGGCCGUCAUGAAAAAAGGCUGCAAUUUCGUUUUUGCUGCUACAAAUUUGAACGAUAUGCCCAUGAUGCUGGUUGAAAGCAGGUCCGUUUUGAAUCGAGAAGCAAUUUUGACGCUUUUUAAAUUUGAAACAGCAAAGCUGAGUACUCUCACAAAUCAAAUUGGUCAAAAAUUUUUGACGUCUUUUGUUCAAGUUUUUCAUUGGCUAUUUUCUUAUUUUCCUCUUAUUAAAGGGCUGUAGACGAAAUAUUUGUUUUUUUUCUUUCAAAUUUAAUUUUAAAUCUUACAUUAAACCCACACGUGAGCGAAUUAUCAAAAAUUUAUGAAAGUAACUCCUCUAUGAGGAAAUUUCGAAACAGGGAUGUAAUAUGUUUUCAACCGUUUAUUUUUAGAAGUUGUGACACACCUUCUGGCUCUAAAGCAUCGUCGAUCGAUUAUCCCAUGGUCAGUUCACAUUUCCCAUUCAUCGCAAAAAAAAAACUCAACUUUUUUCUGUUUCAGUCAAAAGAUUCCAAAUCACCUCCACCCUUUGCUGAAAUUGGCAUAUCUACCACUUCUUCAAACGAGGACGACGGAAUGGCGUCAGAAAUCACAAAUAAUGAGAAAACUACUCCGGUUUCCAGUCUUCCUUCUCCUGACGUCAAGGAAAUGAUUUUGGAUAAGGUUUGUCAAGAACUUUACUUUCAAGGAACUGUAUAUGAAUCCAAAAAUGUUGCAUGUUUUGCACGAUUUCUGAACGUUACAAAAAGGCGCAAAACAGUUGCGGAACGUCAACAAAAGUUGACUGAUUUCUGAUUGCAGAUCAGCCGACGGCGUGGUUUCCGAAGUCUUGAUGCGACUCUGAAAAAGCUGACUGAGAAGCGGAAAGCAAAGGAACAAGUCGUGGAAGGGCCGUCGAUGCCGAAAAUUCCGCCACAUAUGCUUCCGAUGGCUCCGAUUCCCUUGGAGUCACAUCCGGCCUACUUCAACCUGCUGCGAAUGAUGCAACCUCCAAAAGAACCCGUCAUGUCGCUCAUGGACAAGUUGUAAGUUUUAGCAACAUUCGAACCAAAAAGCGCAUGGACUUAUCUAAAUGUCUGGACGAACUUGUUGCUAUUGUACGUGCUUUUUGCGUUUUAAUAGCGGCUCCCAAACCAAGAGUAUCCUGAGUCAUGCCUUUUGUUGGGGGCAUAUUGUUCGGCAACCCAUGCCUUUCACCCCAAAAACUUGGCAAAAAACCUACUGUAGCUCAGUUCAAGGGUUUUAUUUUUUACUGGUUUGAUUUCCAUCUGUUUGAGCCAUUUGAGUUGCCUUAUAGUUUGAACUGUUCCAUUAAAACUUGACAGGAAUUUUACAAUAACUUAAUUUUGAAAUGCGGUUUUUUCGACUACUUUUUUUGAACGCAGCUGAAAUCAGUCUACUGUUCCGGAAACUCGCUCCAACAUUGAAAAACCUGCCAUCGGUCACUAUGUCCACUUUUUGCACUAUUCCAAGUCCCUUACCCGUUCUUCGAGCUUUUUAUCAGGAAAUUAUCACAUGCUGAUGUAAUAUCAAUUCUCGAGUAUAUUCAAAAUCCAUCAGAGCCAAAUUCGACGAGAAAUAUCAUAGAGAAAAUUUAAAAUGAAGUAAUGAAAUGUGAUCCAAAAAAUAAAAUAUAAACAAUCGUUUCUCUCUCUGACCGCCGUUUUAUACCUAUCCAAAAAUCUCUUUUAUCGACACCCACAAUUUUGCAAAACCAAGUUUCUACAUCUCAAAGUUGAAAGAUGGUCUCUUAAACCAUGUGUCAUUUUUCAUAAGAAACGAACAUGUCAAACUAUUACGCUGUAAAAGCGGCAAAGUUGAAACGGCCAAUUAGGUGGUUGCGGCCGGAAGGCCAAACCGUCCGACCUUUUGCCGGUUAUCGCGUCUCGAGAUCUGAAUGUCCCGCUGCUGCCAGCCCUCGCUGAAACGAGGCGCCGGCGCGGAGGGACAACACCGUGUUUAUUGCCGUACCGCAGAGUUUACCGCCAACCUCGAUCGCGUGUCGAAUAUUCUGUCCUGCAGUUAUCAAAGUUAUAGCCGAGAGUAUGGGAAAAUUUGGAGGGAAACUUUCGAUUUUCCUUCGAAUAUUCGUUUGGAGGGACUGCAAAGGAGCCUGAGCAUCAAGAAGUUACAGAAAAAAACGAUUCAUACAUUACUUUCGAAAAAUCAGUUAGAACUUGAGAUAAAAUGAGAACAUAUCGAAUUCGGACCACUUAGAACGUGCUCAUACUCUUUUUUUUCUGUAGGUCAUUUUGUGCAUCUAGACAAGGCUCAAGGAAUUUUUUCAGAGCUGAAAAAAGGACCAAAUCGUGGCCAUUCUCAAACUUGGAUAGAUAAAUUCAAACACCAAUAAAAAAUUAAAUCUUUACGAGAAAACUUCUCGGAUUCAAACUAGUAUUAUUAACCUCAAUGAUUGCCGAUGACCGAAAUGUUAGCCAUCUCUCCCCAUUCCUCCACUCAUUUCUUUUUUUUUGAACACAAUCAGCUCACUUAAUUCAAACGACCUUUUUUUCAUAAAAUUGAGGUAAACUUUUUUAUGAUGGCGAAACAAAAGAAUCUUUCCGGUUUUUGUUUGCGGGUGUAGUAGCGUAGUGUAUUUCUCACUUUUGCGCAAUUUAUCACGCAUCGACGCCUCAAACCAAAAUGACGUUGGCAAAGCUGGUACUUUGUUGGAAAUGACAGAACUUAGAAAAAAAGGUCAAUUUUGUCAAGAAUGGCCUCAAAAGCAACUUAUUUAAAAAAACCUUCCCGAAAAUUCAAGAUCUUAGUUGACAUCUUUUUCAGGACAGGAACAUCUAAAAAUGAUAUCCCUGGUGAAUCUUAUUGACGCAUCAUUUUUGGGAGAUUAAAUUGGAGCUUAUCGAUUUUGAUAAUCGAAAAACGCCGAUGUCCUUGAGUAAAUUUGAAUUGACAGAUUUUUCGCUUUAAAUUCUGACCUUCUUAAGAUAAGAUCUUUUCUUUUUGCUGCAAAAACCACAAAAAUUAUCAUACCUUAAAAAAACGAUUUGUUAUACUAUAAAAAAAGUAUGGCUAUUUUGAAGAAUUGUGAUUAAGAGAUUGAAAAUUUUGCUCUUUUGAAAAUCCCGAGUUUCUCAGAAGACUUCACAAAGAACAUUUAUUGAUGGGUUGAUAGCAUACAUCCCAUUUUCUUCUUCAGAUCUGAUCCUUUUUCGAAUCUCGCUUUUCCUUCCGCCAAAAAACCACAGCAACUUACUGUACCAAGAAAAGGAAGAUAACUCAAUUAACCGUAAUGAAUGCGCGACGAUCGAGGCGACCGGCGAGGAAUUCGGUCACUCUGUGGUCAUCCAUCAGUCGCCCCCGGCGCCGAGUGAAAAAUGCACUUUUUAUCGAGGGUCCGAUUCACCUUGAGAGCCCUCCACUGUCUCUCUUACUUUCCAAACUAUUAGGUGUGGACGAUUUGACAAAUUCAUUUCAGUGACGCGAUUAGAAUCUCCCGGUAUACAGAGUUCCAAUCGCAAAUUGAUCGCUUCAUCGAAUGUCAAUCAAGCUGUCUGCUGCUUGACGGAUUAGUGGCGAACACUAUUUUGAGAGAGAAAAAACGAAGUGUUCGGUUUCCUGUAGGUCUUGUGGGAAGGACGAUGAAGGGACGGAAAGAGAAAAAGUGGAGAAAAAGAUAUUUUCAUAAAAAAAUCCGAUCUUCUAUUUGAACUUUUACUCUUUUCGCUAUAUCAAAAACUAGGCCAUAAAUAAUUAUUUCGUUAGGAGGUAGUAAAUUUUCCAUAAUCGAAAAAAUAGUAAGAAAUGCUCGUUUUCCCUUGAUCAUGAGCUAUUCUAUAAAUGGGCUGAUUUUCUUCGAAAAGUCAAAACUCAGACAAUUUUCUGUGAUUUUCAAGAAAUUCUUUUCGAACAUUUUUUGAGGAAACCAGAUCAUUCUGCUCACAAAAAAGGGAAAACCUAUCAAAAUCAGGAAAAACUAGCAAUUUUUGGAACAUUAUUGAAUCCAUCAUAAUCUUCACCUUGCUGAAAUUUUUUUCAGAUCCUUCUAUUUUCCUAUAAUCAAUACUCUGGAGACUUCAAAUAGUGGUUUUCUGAAGUUCCCAAGAAAUUUUCAGAAUCUCACCAUUCCCAUUUUGAAACUUUUGUUGAGUACUGAGUCUCGUUAAUGAAGUGACCCCGAAAUCAGAGCGCCAAGUGUUUAGUUUCCGAUGAGGAGGCCGACGGCGUUACUGUGGGUUUUGCGUAUCCUUGUCCCUGAUUGAUAGCGAAGCGAUGCCUCUAUUUGGAACCUCCUCAGGCGCGUCUCGUAGGCCGAGGACGAUCUGCAAAUGAUUGCGGCCGGCCUCGUUUUCCGAGGCAACAAGGGAUGGAUACACAGAGGAUCGAGUAUCAAAACCAGCUCCGCGGCCGUUUCCCAUCAUACGAUUUCUCCUUAACUGAUAAAAUUGUCUCCAAUUCUGCCUAUUUCAAGAAGUCACAGGAUUUGAAUAUUCCCGUAACAUAAAGAACGAGAAGAUUUUCAACAAAGAAAUCUGCAACCAACUAUGGCCGACUUGUGCUUUUGGUGUGCUUUCUCGAAUGUUCUUGAUGUAUCUGAGAAGCUGGAGCAGCAAAAAGUUCAUUUAGAAGCGAAAAAAAAUCUAGUAACUUUGCAACCGACCUCGACCGGCUUGCGCUUGCUAUCUGAAAAAAUAGCAGUAGCUUUCCCAUUUUUUCUGAUGGUGAAACACAGAGAAAAUAACAUCUAACGCAAAUUUAGAAUUGGACGUUUUUUGUCAAUUUUCCUCUUUUUGCUAGUUUUCAACCUCAUUGCUCUUCUUCAGAAGAUCAAGGCCUUAAGGGGUUAAUUCAGUCAAGUAUUUACGCAGGAAAAAAAUUUGCAGCCGACCCAAACCGAGUUGCAACUCUUCUUCUUCUUUUUUUCAAAAAAACUUACCUUUUUCAAAACAAAAAAAAAGAUUAACCGAGGGUUUUUGAUUUAAGCUACUUUUUCGAGAAAUAAUGUCUUGUUCUCGGACCCCUUUUGAUCACUGGAAGCUUUCCAAACGAUACUCUAGUCUGAACCAUACAAAAAGUUUCACAAAGCAGUCAUUUUAUGACAAAUCCAGUCAUCCCAUUAAUCUCAAUAAACUUCAACAAAACAGAAGCAUUUUUCUUUCUCAGAAACAAAACACACUCUUGUUGUUUUUCCAAUUAGCCGUCGCAAUCCGUCACAAAAUGAUGAAUGAAGCAAUUAAUUAAUAUGGCGCAUCAAUUCCCAAACCAAACUUUACUCAUCGAAACAGCUGAUGAGAAACAAUGAAAAAACAAAGAAAAGAGUCUCAGAAACAAGGGUUCCAAGUUUCAGCACGAAGGAAAUUUCCGAAUCUGCAAGCCGAGGUGAUCAGGAUCAGAUGGAUGAGAAGCUGGACGAGAGAAUGAAUGAGCUGGACGACAUGAACAGCUCUCCUUCGCCUUCCGAUAAUGGAAGUGGCGAAUUGUCGGACGGCGGCCAGUGCAAUUCGAAUCAGGACGGUUCUGCAGAUGGUGAAGCUGGUGAGUUGAAAGCUUCUAUGUGAUUUUUUUUUUGAUCUCAAAAGAACUAUUUCCUAUAAGAAGCUCCUAUCAAAAAUCAACAACGAAUGAAGUCGCGUCAGACUCAUGGUCAAAAAAAUUGUCCGGGAAAGCUCAGAAGUUCAAAAGAUUUUUUUCAUGCCAUUAUAAAUGCGACAAUGGUUAUUUGAUUUGAACCACCAAAAAAAAUAUUCGCAAUUAAAAGUACAAAAUUAAAUUGAGCCUUGGCUAUCAACGCUCCGAAAAAGCUUUUUUUAUUUUCCAAGGCCUUGCUAUUUUGGAUCCGCAUUUUUAAGCGAUUUUUGACAAAAACGGAAAACAAUAAGUCUCUCUAAAAAAAAUUAGGAAACUUUCAAAAUUUUCUAAGCUCGCUCAUAUUUAGUCUCAUAGUCAAAAACCAGGAAAACUCUCCACUCAUCCGGAUUUCGAAGGUCAUUAGAGAUCAUCCCAAACGGCCUCUCCUUAUCACUUGCAAAUCUCAUGACCACUUCCCCUUGUUAUGAUAACUUUGAUUUGAUCGCUGAUGAGGGAGAACAUUUGUUUUUCAAAAGUGUUGAUUUGGAAAAGACAAAGGCAAAAAUUUCGCGAGUUCGAAGUAUAAUGCGAGAGACGAUCAAUCAAUUUCAAGGGGGGACGCGCAGCCUUGCGCGCUUCUCAAUUCGUCAACUGUUUAGGUGAUUGAUGGUUGAAAUCGAACUGUUUUUUUAGAGUUAAAUUUCAUUUGGAAAAAUUUUUGAAAAAAAUAUUUACGCUCCAAAUUUGUGGAAAAAGCUGUCUCUCCCAUUUUCACAUUUACUCUUUUUUUGAAAAACCUCACAAUGGUUUUUAUGAUAUCCAGCUUGUCUUGGAAUGAAUUCGGAGCAGAACGACUUGUAGAAGUAUGGCAAAAAAUCAACUUUUUUGGAUAAAAUUAUUCGAAUUUUUACAUGCUCAGCUUCGAAUUUUGGCAUGACCUUGACAGAAUCAGAACCAACUGAGGAACUCCAGAGUGGUCCCUAAAGGGGUGCUUGGAGAGCCCUCUCUAUGGGCCAAAAAAGCUUCCAAAAGUAAAAGUGGCCUCUAUAGGGGGCAUACUAAUUGAUAAUUGUUACGAACUCUGAGCAAAGAAGCAUUUCCAUGGGAAAAAUCGAACAAAUAAGCGUUUUUUGAAUGAAAUGAAAUGCCCCUAUAGAUUCCAGUUUAGCUUUAGGGGCUAAGGGGUCAGACCCUAAACCCCUAUAGGGACCACUUUUUUUGGCUUAUAGGAGUUUUUUUCCGCUCUAACCCCUAGGGACCACUGUAAAAAUACUACAAACGACCUGGUGUACGCUGUAAAUGAAAAUCGAAGCAAAUAAGCCACCUUUUCCCUUCUAUACCUCCACAUGAAAAGUUUUUUUUUCAGAUAAGCCCUUCACUUGCGAGCACAACAACUGCAACAAGCGAUUCGCCAACAAAUUCCUCCUCAAAAAACAUCAAUUCAUCCACACCGGUCUAAGACCUCAUACCUGCCCCUAUUGUAACAAAAAGUAAGUGAUUUCGCAACAUUAUCCCCAGUCGUAAAUUAACAUUGACCUUCGAAAUCGAAUCGUACGCUUUUUUCAGUCGGCGAGGCAAAAAACCCCCAAUAGCGCCAUAAAUCUUUAACGGCCUUAAGAACGUUUUUUUGUGAAGUUCGAUCAGUUUUAUGGUGAGCAUCAAUUGACGAUUAGCUCGUCGGCGAAGAGAGUGGAAAUUUGGGGAAAAAUUUCCUUGUUUGAAUCGCGUUUAGUCGAUCAGAUCACAUUAGCGCGUACUUGUCGAAAUUAACCGGUCUCAAAAUUUUGAGGGAAGAAAUUUGAAACGAAAUUUCAUUAUGAGAUGUAAUUUUUUUUUCCGGCUUGAGAUUAUUUUUUGAAAGCCCUUACAAAAAACAUCUAGCUAUUUUUCAGGUUCAAUCGAAAGGACAACUUGCUGCGGCACAAGAAAACGCACACACAUCAUAAUAUAAAUGAAGAAAUCCGUCGAAACACUUUGUCGGAAACUAUCAACGGCUUGUUUCCGAUAGCCCCGCAGAUCCAAUUUCCCUUCCAGGAUCCGCUCAAGAGCUUCAAUCACUACAGUCUUCAAGUGAGAUCAUAUCAAUUCGCUUUGGAUCAAAAAUGCGUAGUCGCAAGAGAAACGUCGUGGUUUUUCGAGCGCACCCGACCCGAACUGAGUUGGGCGUCGCGAUAUGUUUCAGCUCUCAGGCAUUGAUUUAAGAAAGCAAAAACAAAUUAUUGAGCUACAGUGCGUUUGAAAGCUCAGUUUUUCGACUUCCGACUUCAAAAUUGCCUGAAAAAAGGCUGAAAAAAUGUUUGUGCUCGGGAUAGUGAUCCUAGUGAUAUGAUUAACUGUUUUAUUCGAAAAAGUUACCUAAAUAAAGCCUGAACUUGCAAAAUUGCGGAAAAUUGAGUUUUCAUUUGAUUUUUGAGAUUACCAAUAUUUUGAGCCAUUAUUUUAAUGGAACCUGAAUUUCAAUUGGAUUGCGGGAAUAAUUCCAAAAACUCUUUUUCAGAAGUCGAUUGCUUCCAAAAUGGCGUCAGGAACCGUCGGAUCCGCCUUACUCGACCCUAAGGCUUUUUCGGCUCUUCUCGAAGCCACCAAGCAGCAGAGAGACGUCAAGGAUCUCGUCAGAGCAUGA